GGGAGGCAGCUUUAUUCAACUAGCUCAACUAGUUCACCUGUCAACGGCGUCUAGCCAAGGCUCCAGGGAGUUCUGACUUAUUUCAUUGUCUUGAUAAACCUUAUCGCAUUGUAACUGCUUGUAAUUGCUUCAGAACAGCACUUAACGACUGCCAACAGAACAAAUACGAAAUAUGGAACCACACACGAAACGGUAUUUGUUUUCGUGGUUGUUUGUUGCUUAUAUUCUUCAGGUUUCGAGUUUACACUUCGCGCAAGGGACUUACAUAUGUACUGCCUAUUUGAAUGUCUCGUUUUUUGACCCUGAAACCAACGAAACGUUCUGGCGACAAGAGGAAAGUGGACUUUACGGACAAGACUCUCCAAAAGAGACUGUGACUGGGGAAGUGUUUUUACCGGAGCCGAUCCACAGCUGUGAAUUGGAGACUUCAUAUGAUGUACCAAGUGACGCUAAGGGAUGGAUCGCCCUGAUUCAGCGCGGACAUGGAUGUACUUUCACAGAAAAGAUCAAUAUUGCGGCCAGUAAAGGAGCAGCAGCUGCCGUAAUAUAUAACGAGCCAGGCACGGAAAAUAGGGUCAUCCAGAUGUCUCAUCCAGGGACGGGGGACACUGUGGCCAUCAUGAUUGGACACACCCGGGGCAUGGAGAUCGUCAGCCUGAUCAAGAGGGGCAUCGCUGUCACCAUGAGCAUCGAGGUGGGCAAGCAGCACGGGGGCUGGAUGGGCCACUACUCCGUGUUCUUCGUCUCCAUCUCCUUCUUUGUGGUCACCGCUGCCACCGUGGGCUAUUUCAUCUUCUACUCCGCCCGUCGCCUCAACAGUGUCCGGCUACAGAGCCGUAAGCAGAGACAGCUGAAAGCAGAGGCGAAAAAAGCCAUUGGAAAGCUACAGGUUCGGACCGUGAAGCAGGGAGAUGAGGAAACGGGACCAGAUGCAGACACCUGUGCCGUGUGCAUAGAGGCCUACAAGGCUGGUGACGUGCUCUCUAUACUCACCUGCAAUCAUUUCUUCCACAAGACAUGCAUCGAACCCUGGUUACUGGAGCACAGGACCUGUCCUAUGUGCAAAUGUGACAUCCUGAAGGCCCUGGGGAUUGAGCCUGAGGACGACCAUCAUGGGGGCUCCAUCCCGCCUGACUUCAGAUCGUAUCCCAGCAUCCCCGAGGAGACGCGCAGUGAAACCGCCUCUUCAGGCUACGCUUCUGUGCAGGGUUCAGAAGAGCACCCCAUCCCCACAGAAAGCACCACUGUUUUUGAGACUGCACAUGAGGUUGCCGGGCAGAAUCCAGAACCAGAAGACAUCCAAAUGGACAGCCAGCCGCACUACGACAACCUGGCCUUUGAGGAAGAAUCUCGGACCCACACAAACCCCCGGACAUGAACAGUCCCUGUGCUCUGACACUGAAGCCAGAACUGGAGUCUCGCCGGACUUGCACCAGAAUAGACUCGGACUGAAAGCGGUUUUGUGGUUAUCAUAUCAGAGAGCUAUAUUUGGCUAAAUAUACAGAAAAUGUGUGAUCACUAAUAGAAAAAUAAGUUUCUAUCUAUGCAUAUUGUUUGAAUGUAAAGAUUUUAUAGGUCACCACUUUGUUCAGUUCUCUUUAGCCAUCUGUAAUGAAAAUUGUACUACAGAAUCAUCUAUGCUACAUUGUGCAGUUCCAUGCUGGUUGGUUUAAUUGCAUCAAUUGAGUGUGAUUUAAUCAUGUGAAGUCUUCUGAUUUCAGGUGUAUGUAUGUCUAAUGAUAAUGUAACCGGACACUGGGUUUUAAAUUGUUAUUAUAAAUGUUAUUACCUCUGGGUUUUGAAAAAAGGCAAUCUGCAUAGGCAUGUCUGCAACAGUCUCAAUGUUGAUCUCCUGAUAUUGUUCAAGUCACACAGAUUAUGAAAUUCUGUUUUCAAGGCCUAAUGCAGGUGUAGUGCAAAGUGAUUUUCCAUUUGUACCUCUAAGUUGAUUUACAUGCUGAAGUUAAGCUGUUGUGUACAGUGCAUAAUUGCAUAUUCGGUUUUCUCAUACUUAGAGCCUGGUCGAGUUUAGCUUGCUUUUCAAAAUCGUGGCUUACUUUAUUGGAAAUGAAAUGUAUAGCAUUGCCCUAAAAUAUGAAAAACUCAAUUUGAAUGGACAAGGUUGGUGAAAAUAUGUUUAAAAUACACAUUCCAUAAGCGUAGUUUUCCUGAUAUUACCUUGAUAGUAUAUUAGUCAUCUUUCUCUCACAGGCACAGAAAGUGGUACAACUGAGGCUAGCACCACCUACUGGACACUUUUGACUAUUGUUCCUUACAUAAGCCUUAUUCCUGUUCAACCAUUUAAUUAAUACUGCCUGACAUUUUGCAAAAUGGGAAAUGCAACACCAAGGCUUUACAAAAUGUUCAUUUUACUGAUAUUAUUUUGUAUCAGUUAAUUUACUUUAAUUUAGUUGUAAGUGAUUUGGUGUCUGAAUUUCUCAAAGUGACACACUAGACAAACACACACACUUUUUUUUUUUUACCCAGCUUUGGCGAUAUGUGCCUUAAAAUUCUUUAUCCAUCACAAAACAGAUUUUGAUUUUGCUGAGAAUUUGCAAAAGCAAAUGCUACUAGCGUAUAUUUCCACAUCUGUUGACUUUCAUAUGUCAUUAGUAACAUUACAAUAUUUUUUUAAACUGUGACUUGUCUUAACACUGUUUCACCUCUUCAGAACAAAGGUGGAGCUCUCCAAAGUAUUUUAAUUAAAUAAGGGACAUAGUAUUUGUUCUAUUUUUUUUCUUAACUUGCCCACAUUUGAGACUUUAUAAGUGUAAAUAUGAUUAAAGUUUAUAUAAAAUUGAAAUGAAUUGUAAAUAAAUUUUGUUUUAUUAAACCAAGGCAAAGCA